AUGAUCGCCAUUGGUCUUGAGGGUUCAGCUAACAAGCUUGGAGUCGGUGUCAUUUUUCAUCCGGACAAUGGGACUGAGCCCCAGGUUCUUUCAAAUGUCCGCCACACCUACGUUUCCCCACCUGGUGAAGGCUUCCUACCCAAAGACACGGCAAGGCAUCACCGCAAAUGGGUAGUAGAUCUUGUCAUAGCUGCUUUAAGAGAUGCACACAUUGACAUUGGGGAUAUCGAUUGUAUAUGCUACACAAAAGGGCCAGGAAUGGGUGCUCCUUUACAGUGUGUUGCUCUGGCAGCUCGGACAUUAGGCUUAUUAUGGCGGAAACCAUUGGUGGGCGUCAACCAUUGUGUUGGUCAUAUUGAAAUGGGCCGUUCCGUUACCGGCGCUCAAAAUCCCAUUGUUCUAUACGUAUCCGGCGGGAAUACACAAGUCAUUGCCUAUAGCUCCCAACGGUAUCGUAUAUUUGGAGAAACGCUUGACAUUGCUGUAGGGAAUUGUCUUGAUCGUUUUGCCCGCACAUUGCAUAUCUCGAACGACCCAGCUCCAGGAUAUAACAUAGAACAGCUAGCGAAGAAAGGAAAGAGGCUAGUGGAAUUGCCUUAUACGGUGAAGGGCAUGGAUUGUUCCUUUUCAGGAAUCCUUGCUGCUAUCGAUGGGCUAGCUGCUGCAUAUGGACUGGACGGAGAACGUAAACGAACUGAGAACUACCAAGCAGGGCUCGAUGCGUCUAGCAUAUCCAUUAGUGAAAGCGAGAUCCCAACUAGGGAGGAUCUCUGCUUUUCAUUGCAGGAGACGGUGUUCUCUAUGCUUGUGGAGAUUACAGAACGCGCAAUGGCCCAUGUUGGCUCCAGAGAAGUUCUCAUAGUUGGGGGUGUUGGGUGCAAUGAGCGCCUUCAAGAAAUGAUGGGAAUCAUGGCUCGUGAUAGAGGCGGGAACGUAUUUGCUACGGACGAGCGAUUUUGCAUCGACAAUGGAAUCAUGAUUGCCCAAGCAGGCAUCUUAGCCUAUGGCACUGGUUUUAGCACCAACCUGAAAGAUUCGACCUGUACGCAGCGCUUUAGAACAGAUGAAGUCCUGGUUCAAUGGAGAGAUGAUUGA